AAAAGAAAAAAGAAAAUAAAAAAAGAAAAAGGAAAGGAAAAAGAAAAAACGCACGCCACGUCCUCGCGGAGACCCGGCGACGCGAGUUCCCCAUCCGCACCCCACCUCCGACCACCAUGUGCCACCGCGUCCUCGCCUUCUCCCGGCGCCACCGCCGCUGGCUCCUCUGUGGAGGCGCCGCGGCGGGAGGCUACCUGAUCUACCACCACCCGGCCGUCGCCGCCCGUCGCCGCCGCCUCGCGCGCCUCGCCUCCGCGCUCGUGUCCCUCGCCGACGCCGUCGCGGCCGUCGCCUCCGACCUAGCCGGCUUCCUCCAGUCCGACUCUGACGCAGUUCCCCAAACCCUCAAGCAGAUCUCCAAGCUCGCCGCUUCACCCGAGGCGUCCGCGUCGGCGUCAGCUCUGUCCGGGGCGCUCGCCACCGGCGUGUUCCGCGGGUACGCCGCCACCUCGGGCUCCGGCCCGGCCUCCGCGGGCGACGUGGCGUUCUCGGACCGCUUGAUUGACAGCAUGCUCUCCCCCGAUGGGGAGCGCCUCGCGUCCGCCGUCGCCGGCAGCUUCGGGCGCCACCUCGUGCUUGCCUUCUACUCCGCGCCGGAUCAACCUUCAACGGACUCCUCGCCGGCAAGUUGGGUAGACGUAGUCACCACCGGGAGGUGCCGGAGAGCGAUCCGCAGCUGGGUCGAGGUCUUCACGGCCACCGCCGUGGGCGUCUUCAUUGACAAGACCAUCCACAUCAACACCUACGACCAGCUCUUCGCCGCCGCCACAAACCCCGCCUACGGCGCCAGGCUACAACAGCUUUUCGUUGCACUCUGCAGCACCUCCGUCGAGACACUGGUGAAGACCUCCCAUAGCGUACUGUCCAGUGACAACAGUACUGAUGGAAACGCCAAUGUCAGUGGCAACUCCGGCAGCAAUGGUGGGGCUGGGGAAGGGUGGGUGGAGAUUGUGUCCAGUGCGCUGGCGGUGCCGAGCAACCGCAAGCUCGUUCUGGAUUUGACGGGCAGGGCGACAUUUGAGGCAGUACGGUCGUUCCUCGAGUUUGUGCUGUGGAAACUGCACGCCGGUGCGAGGGCUGGAGGUGAUGCCACGGUUGGGGCUGGACUGCAUGCGUUGAGCAAGCUAUUCAGGAGCGCCACGAGGGUUCAGGAGUUGUUGAUUUGCUUUGGUAGUCACACCUAAUUCUGGCAUCGUCUAUUUAACUUGUUUGCUUCUUCAGCUGAUGUGGAUUGCAGAGACAAAGUAAUCUAACAGAGCUUGUAUCAUCUUCGUUUGCAAUUUGGUCAGACAAGCACUUUUCACAUAAUACCACUGUUUCCCUACCUGUAUUUGUAUGUUAUAUCCAUCAUUUUUUUAAAAUUCCCCUGUGGCUAGAUUGACUUUGAGUCAUAUUGAUAAAGUUAUUUUAUUUACUCACUUCUCUUAGUUUGUACUAAAAUACUGAGAUGUAACUAUUUAGCCUAGUUUGUACUGAAGUUCCGAGAUGUAGCUGUUAAUACUUAGGGGCUUCUCUCUACCUUGUCUGAUGGAAAUAUUUUAUUUGAUCGAAACUAUAUUUUCUGCUAGACAAGUUGGGCAAAGGCCCUUCAGAUACUUUCUUUGUCUUUACCAGUGCGCAUUUUAUAAAUACUCUGAACAUUUGUCGAGAGCUCAAGAGGGUUUUGUGUCCAAUCUGGUUCUGUGCUGAAUACCAGUUUCUCAUGAUGAAUGGAUCAAGAGAUCCAUCUGUGAUCACAAGCAUUUACUGUUGAAGUGUCGAUGAUACCCUGUUAGAGUGUAUAUCCUUUCUAGAAGUAACUGGACUUAGAUUAUUUGCUAGAUAUGUUGGAACAGUACAAAAUGGCAUGAAGUUUGAGAUGUUGAUUUGCGUAGGUAGUCACACCUAAUUCAUUAUGUCAUCUGUUUUUCAUCAGUUUUAUUUGAUUGCUUGUACACUGAUGUGUAUGUAAUCCACCAGAGCUUGUAUCAUCUUCCUUUGGCAAGUUUGGGUAUAUUUUGGCAUAGUACUAUAAUUUGUCUACUUUUGCUCUUUUUCAUCAUUUUCAUAGCUUGCGCGCAUGUCAUAAGAUUGAUUUGUGCCAUACUGGUAAAGUUUUUGCAUCUAAUUAAGCCCCGCCCCCCCCCCCCCCCCUUUUUUGAGAAGAGGUUCUCUAUACAUUGUCUAGGAAUUGUUCUGUUUCCUGAGGUCCUCCCUAUUUCUGUCCUAGGCAACCUGGUAUCUACCUCUUCAGAGUUCAGACAUUCUUUGUCCAUACAUAAGCGCGGUUUGUUUGUAGUACUGUUCAACAAUAUAAUCUUCUGAUUCAUGGCCUCCUGACUAUGAACCUUUGUUAGAAGUUCAAGGAGGGUUUUGUACGAAUUCUGAUGCUGUGCUGUUCAUAUCAUGUUUCUCACUUUGCUGCUGGGUUCGUCUGGAGCAGCAGCCAGCAGGCCAGCGACCUGUGUUGUUUUCAAAUUGUAUUGUCCAAUCACAUUAAAUUCCAUAGUUGUGAACUUGGUUUGAUGCUUUGAAAAUAUCAUUG